CAAGGUCACAUAUUUUUGUCAAUUUGUUCUUUGAUUUUCAAUCCUUUGCCUCCUUUGCCUUUCUGUUGGAAGAGUAUUCCAAACAUGGGGAACACGGAUAAAUUGAUGAACCAAAUCUUCGAGCUGAAGUUCACGUCAAAGAGUCUCCAACGACAGGCCAAGAAAUGCGAGAAGGAGGAGAAGACUGAAAAGCUUAAGAUCAAGAAAGCGAUCGAGAAAGGAAACAUGGACGGAGCCCGAAUCUACGCGGAAAACGCCAUUCGCAAACGCAGCGAGCAGAUGAAUUACCUCCGUCUUUCUUCUCGCCUUGAUGCCGUGGUCGCCAGACUCGAUACUCAGGCGAAGAUGUCUACGAUCAGCAAAUCCAUGGGAUCGAUCGUCAAAUCUCUAGAAUCAUCUCUCAAUACCGGAAACCUGCAGAAGAUGUCUGAGACAAUGGAACAAUUCGAACGCCAGUUUGUUAACAUGGAGGUCCAGGCUGAAUUUAUGGAGAGCUCCAUGGCCGGUAGCACCUCUCUAUCGACCCCUGAAGGAGAAGUUAACAGCUUGAUGCAACAGGUUGCUGAUGAUUAUGGCUUGGAAGUGUCUGUUGGUUUGCCACAGCCUGGGGCUCAUGCUGUCUCCACCAAGACAGAGGAAAAGACCAACGAGGACGACUUGUCCAGGCGCCUUGCAGAGCUUAAAGCUAGGGUUUGAAUUCAAAUAAGAUAAAAUUUGCAGGACUAUGGAUUCCAGGUUCCCUGAAUUUCAAUUCUUUACUCAUUUUUGUGUAGAAAUCAUCUGUGUCUAUCCCUUAGGUUUUGAACCAGUUGAUCCCCAUUUUGUGAAUAACAUCAUGUCAAGUGUGGUUUAGGUUUAGUUUUUACCAUGAGACAAUAAAAUUUCUGGGUGUAUCUAAAUUUGUCAUAAGUGUAUCUUAAAACUAUUGAAAAAUAUCAGAAUAGGCUUGAUCUUGAACAUCAAUGGUUAAGUAGAACUUUAUUUUCGGUCUA